CUAUAUGUAAAUAUCACUUGAAACAUAUGCUGCAGGAAUGCUAAGCUGCUUUGUUUGGUUGCUAAUUAAUUAACAGUUGUUCAGUGUGAAUAAAACAUCCCACAUUCAGAGUCCUAGCAGUAUCUCUGUUCAUCUGUACAAUUACAAUUACAAGCUCCCAACAAGUCCGUAGCUUAGCUAGCUACGAGCUGAGUUCUUCAAGUCAAGUCAAGGCUGCUUCUGUUUAUAUACACAGCAUCUGAGAAUCUGCAAAAAACAAACGAAACGAAUCUAACUGCAUCGUACUGGAAGGAAACAACUUAUUCCCUUGUUCAAGCACUGCAAUGCAAGCUGUCCAUUAUUCUGCAGCCACAGUGACACCUCCGAUGACCACUCUCUCACCGCUAACCUCACACCAUUUUAAUCGAACGCAACCAGAUUUUGAAAUACCCAUCAUCUCCCCUGCAACCUCAGACUUAGGGGAAGACAACACUUACACAACCCAGUACUACACAACCUUGCAUCCCCCAUCAGAAAUGUUGCAUGCAGACAGUCCUCGUGGAGAGCAUGAAGAUGCCAGCUCACAGAGCAAUAGUUCGAGUUCAGACUCUGAUAGCUCUGGAGGGGAUGGAGAGAGAGAGAGAGAGGCGGGAGAGUGCAUGGCGGCCUCGCUGAGCGUGGGAGAGCCUAUAGGAGUAGCCAUUAUCAGUGAUAGCAUUAUCAGUGAUAGUGGUGAAGGAGCCGUCAAAAAUUGGACAUAUGAAGAUCAAUUUAAACAGCUGUACAAUUUGACCCCAGAAAAAGAGAGGAGAGAAUUCCUCGAUAAGCUCUUCUCCUACAUGCAGAACAAAGGAACCCCUAUCACACGUAUACCAAUAAUGGCCAAGCAACCCCUGGACUUGUACAAGCUCUUCAAGCUAGUGGUGGACAGAGGAGGAUUGGUGGAGGUGAUCAAGAAGAAAGCAUGGAGGAAUGUUGCUAAGGAACUCAACCUGCCAGCCUCCAUCACUAGCGCUGCGUUUACCAUGAGAUCACAGUAUGUCAAAUACCUCUACCCGUACGAGUGUGAGGUGGCAGAACUCUCCAGCCCUCAAGAGCUGCAGCUGGCUAUAGAGAGCAACAAGAGAGAUCGCAGACACUCGGACACAGUAGACUUCCUCUCUCCUCAGAUUGGAAGAUCUGAUCUGGAGCAAGUCAUGAGUCCAGUUGGCCCUCGUAGCAAUGCAGGGGGUAACUCCCAGGGGGGUCUCCAGCUGAUUACCUCCCCCACAGUAGCCAUGCCCCAUGGAGCUAUGCCACCUUUUUCUGGAGGGUUCAUUGUCACUGGAGGCAAUGGAGGACAUCAGGUUGUACAGAUGGCUCACCACAUUCCGGGUAUUCCAAUAAUGGUCCCUGGCAGCUCAACAGCUACUGGGCAUGCACAGUCCGGAGUUGUGUGGGCGACAGGGAGAGCACAUACAACAAUGGAGGAGCGGCAGCAAGACGAAGACAGAGGAAGCGACCUGUUAACUCCACCAGCUGCUAAGAAGAUUGCUUUAGACAUGAACUCUGGAGGAGUGGUUACCCUAUCAAACAGAUUGCCCCACGGGAUGGGGAACUUUAUCGUUACCCCUGGAGGCUCCAUUGUUCAACACCCCUCUUCCCCUCAGCUCAUACAAAUGGCCGGCCACCAUCAUAUACCAAUAGUUAUACCGUCGCCUGUCUCAGCAAGAACCAACGGUAAAGACGCAUUCUCACACAAACAGCGCAGUCCUCUAAACAUUGAAACACACAGUGAGUUAUUGACGCCGCCUCAUCAUACGAAUUAUCAGCAGCCGUCGAUAGUACGAGUGACUCAAAGCCAGUCAGUGUAUCCACCUCAUAUGAUUGCCCCCCACAAAGUAAGAUCCCCCUCUGAGUCCGAGAUAAGAGGUCAAAGGUCAUCAGAGACAAGCGAAGAGAAAUCUCCGAGUAGAACAACAACAAACAUGCCGUUUGCUAACAUAUCAAUACAGUCAGCUGGUGGGAAAUCAGAGAGUGGUGAGGCAAGAGAUGACUCGUUGCUGGUUACCAUGGAGAUCAACAACGUGGUGUUUCAAGGCGUACUCUUUGCCAAACCCCAACAGAAGCAGCUAGGGUCACCAAACUCUAAGUAGUGUUUAAUAAUUAUGCUCUUAAUCUAUAGCACUUGUUUUCUACUGUCAUCACACUCAUGCGUAGCCAUAAUUGUUCAGUAUUUUCUACAAGUACGUAACUCUUUCAAGCAAUGGACACUGUAUAUUUAUUUCACCACAAAAUCAUUUCUCAAUUCGAAAAGAAAAAAAUUGAAAAGUGUGUACGCAUAGUGACCUAACCCA